AUGGCGCAGGACGAGGACAAACCCUCUGGGGCCACCCUGGGUUAUCUUGCCCCGAUAUGCGUAGCAAUCUUCUUCAUCAUGGCCUGGCUUGUUUUCGGCACGCGACAGCGCUUCAGAGCUCACAACCGCCAAAUCGAUCACGAGUCCUGGCCGCUGGGCUUCCCCCGCAUUAUCCUGUCUCCCGCCGAUCUGGAUGCUCGAUUCCCCAUCAUAAAAUACGGCGACUGGUCGACGGCCCACCAGGAGGCUAAUUGCAAGGAGACCGAGGUCGACCUGAAUACGAGCCAAGGUCCAGCAUCGCCUUCGGCUGACGCCGAUGACAAAGAGACCGAACAAAAUGACAAGUCUGUGGAGAAUGGCAUUCUCUCUAGCCAUGGCAACUCCCACAACGAGUGCGCUAUCUGCAUGGAAGACUUUGAUGAUGACGAUUCCAUCCGCGCGCUAACUUGUGCUCAUGUCUUUCAUGCUACCUGCCUCGACCCAUGGUUCACUAAGCGCCAGGCGAGAUGCCCGUUAUGCAAGACCUCCUACCCUCCCGAGCCUAGUUCUUCGGCUCCCACACGUCCAGCGGCCGCCGUGAUCAGGAACCAUUUCUUUCCGCGUGGGCUCUAA